AUGCAUCAAGACUCCAAGACGAUGCCUAUAGCCAUCGUCGGUAUGGCAGGACGCUUCCCCGGCGAAGCCCACAACCCAAGCAAGUUAUGGGACAUGAUGGUCGACGGGCGCGAUGCCUGGUCGCCAAUACCGUCAACACGCUUCAACCACGAGGCUUUCUACCACCCAGACCCUGCCCGGAACGGCGCGUCAAACGUCAAGGGCGGCUUCUUCAUGGAAGAAGAUCUGGGCCUUUUCGACGCCCCCUUUUUUGGCAUGACCAAAGCCGAAGCAGCAGCACUUGACCCACAGCAGCGACUUCUGCUCGAGUGCACCUAUGAAGCCUUUGAGAAUGCCGGCGUGCCCAUGGCCUCCAUAUCAGGAGAAGCCCUCGGCGUCUUUGUAGGCUGUUUCUGCAAAGACUGGGGCCAGAUGACCAUGACCCGCGACCCAGACGCGGUUCCAAUGUACCAGGCGACGGGCUCGGGAGACGCGCUGCUCGCAAACCGCCUGUCGUACUUCUUCAACCUGGUCGGGCCGUCCGUCAUGCUCGACACGGCAUGCUCGUCCAGCAUGGUCGCGCUGCACCUAGCUUGCACGGCGAUACGGGCCGGCGACUGUCGCGGCGCCGUGGUGGCAGGGGCCAACGCGCUGCUGAACCAUGACAUGCUGAACCCCAUGACCACCACACGAUUCCUGUCGCCCGAUGGGCGCAGCUACUCUUACGACUCACGCGCCAACGGCUACGGACGUGGAGAGGGCGUGGCAGCCCUCGUGCUGAAGCCCCUGGCAGACGCGCUGCGCGACGGCGACUGCGUGCGGGCCGUCAUCAGGAAUACGGGCUGCAAUCAGGAUGGCCGCACUCCCGGCAUCACGUUCCCGAGUGCCAAAGCCCAGGCAGCACUGUUGCGCAGAGCUCACGCCGACGCAGGGCUGAACCCCGCCGAGACGACGUAUGCCGAGUGUCAUGGGACGGGCACCCAGGCGGGCGACCCGAUAGAAGCCGCUGCCCUUUCCGACGUCUACUGCGGCCAGGGCGGGUCCGGUGCGCCUGCUCGGGCGUCACCUUUGGUUGUAGGAUCCGUCAAGACAAACGUCGGCCACCUUGAGGGCGCUGCUGGCGUGGCGGGCUUGGUAAAAACAGUCAUGAUGCUGGAACACCAGACUAUCGUGCCGAAUGCCGGCUUCCAAAAAGCAAACGAGCGCAUACCUCUGAAGAAGUGGAAGCUUGAGAUCCCACAGACAACCCGGCGAUGGAUACCGACUCAAUCAGGCGCGCUUCGGGCUUCUGUCAGCGGCUUCGGCUUUGGGGGCACCAACGCCUGUGCUAUUCUGGACCACACACAAGCCUACCUAGCCAGCCUACCCGUUCCAGGGCCGGCUAGAAUCCCGUCUCCUGCUCCGGACCUAGAUUCUGCUAGGAAUGAUAUUACCAAUGGCUAUCAUACUUCAAAAUGGAGGGACGAAUCUGCCUUCCGCAGGGAUGACCCGAAGACAUUGCUGAAAGAGCAGCUCCACAUCACAGGUCCCAGAGUCCAAGAAGUUCCUCAGGAGAACGGACAGAACGGACAGAACGGACAGAACGGACAGAACGGACAGAACGGACAGAACGGCCAUCUCCACUUGUCGCCGUCACAACCUACCAGCUAUCAGCGCCGUAUCUUCCCCCUCUCAGCCUUCGACGCCGAAGCCGGCUCAUCCCAAGCAUCGCGCCUCGCCUCCUACCUCCAAGCCCGGAGCGACGACGACAACGCGGACACGCUCGCGGACCUCGCCCACACCCUAAUCAAGCAUCGCUCCCUCCUCCCGUACCGCGCCGCCUUCGUCGCCCGCACGCCCGCCGAUCUCGUCGCGGCGCUCCAGGCCUCCAACCACGCCUUCAAGACCCGCCGCACCCCGCCCGGGCUGGCCUUCGUCUUUACGGGCCAGGGCGCGGCGUGGUUCGCCAUGGGCCGCGAGCUGAUGGCCACGGCGCCGCCCUUCGCCCGCUCACUCGCGCGAUGCGACGCCUGGCUGCACGGGCUCGGCGCCGACUGGUCGGCCGCCGAGGAGCUGUGCCGCGAGCAGGGCGCGACGCGCGUCGGGCUGACCCGCAUCAGCCAGCCGCUGUGCACAGCGGUGCAGCUGGCGCUGGUGGACCUGCUGGCGGAUUGGGCCGUCAACCCGGUGGGAGUGGUUGGCCAUUCCAGCGGCGAAAUCGCGGCUGCAUAUGCGGCUGGACUGAUCAGCGGGCGUGCUGCCAUGGCGGCUGCCUACUUCCGCGGUGUGGCGGCGUCGCAGCCGGAGCUGCACAGCGGCGGCAUGGCGGCCGUGGCAGCGUCUGAGACAAAGGUCCGCGAGCUUCUUGGCGAGCUGCAGACGCAGAAUGGACAGCACGGGUGUGACAUCGCCUGCUAUAACAGCCCGCUCAGCUGUACUGUCUCAGGUCCAGCCGAGGCCAUUAGCGAGCUCGUCAACCUGUGCAAGACUCGUGAGCUCCAAGUUCACAAGCUCCCUGUGAAUGUCGCUUACCACUCGAUGUCAAUGCAAGCGGUGGCAGAAGGCUACCGUACUGCACUCAUGAAGUCAUCCUCAUUCAGCCUCCAGCAUGACGAGCCGCUUCCGACUGCAAGAGCGCCCAUGUUUUCAUCGGUGUCAGGUGAGCGCCUCGACGAGCCAAGCCAGCUGGGCGCCGACUAUUGGGUCGAGAACCUCGUUCAGCCGGUACGCUUCUGUGACGCUUUGAGUAGGCUGUGUCAAGAACUUGGCGGCAAAAGUAGGAAGAGGGACCUCAAGAACAACAAAGCUCAAAACGCAGCACCUGUCGAUGUUCUUGCAGAAAUUGGACCCCAUUCGGCACUUGCCGGGCCAAUCCGUCAGAUACUCCAAGCCGAGCCAGCCCUGUCCGAGCUAUCCUACCUCUCUGUUCUUCGUCGCGGAGAGGACGCCCACGAAACAGCGCUGAAUUUUGCCGCUGCACUCUUCGAGAAGGGGUUUGCUGUGGAUCUAAGCCGAGUCAACCAGGCUCAAAGUCCGGCUGUCCAUGCUCCUUUGUCGAAUGGUCUUGCCAAUGGCCACGUCAACGGCGACAAGGAACCGCAGCCGAGCAGCGAGGUCGUCCAACGCUCCGUUCUCGUCGACCUGCCAUCGUACCCCUGGAAUCACGGCACACGCUACUGGGCCGAACCACGCGAGAGCUAUCUCUACCGCAUGCGCAAGGAGGCCCGCCACGACCUCCUCGGCGCCAUUGUCCGCUUCAACAACCCGCUGGAACCGCGCUGGCGCAACUGGAUGCGCGUCUCAGAGCUGCCCUGGCUGCGGCACCACCGCGUGCAGGGCCUGACCGUGUACCCGGCUGCGGGCUUCCUCUGCAUGGCCAUCGAAGCCGCUCGCCAGCACGCCGCGGCGUCGCAGGAGUCCGGGACGGGCUCCAUCGGCGGGUUCGAUCUGCGCGAGGUGGUCAUUGGACAGGCACUCGUGAUCCCCGAUAGCACGGACGAGGUAGAGACGAUGCUGAGCCUGCGGCCCUCUCAACAGAGGGGCUUCCGCGAGACGGGCUCCUCUGCCUCUCAUGUGUGGAGUGAGUUCUUGGUCACGUCUUGCGGCGCGGACGGCAAGUGGUCUGAGCACUGCCGUGGUCUCAUUGCCGUGCGUUCAGUCGAUCAGUACAGCGGCAACAGUAACGAGGUCAGUGGGAGCCGCCUCGCGGAGCUGGAGAAGGGACGGAAUGAUGAUAACUGGCGUAUCGCGAAAGACACCUGUACAGACGAACUCGACCCUGCUGCGCUAUACGACCGUCUGACUGCCAUUGGGCUGGAGUACGGACCUUCAUUUCGAAAUCUGACGCGAGUUCGCCACGAUGGUAGGGGAUCGGAGGCCCUGGGAACCAUCACUGUUCGGGACAUGUGCUCGCACAUGCCGAUGCAACACCACAGCGCUUUCAUUGUUCAUCCUGCCUUCCUAGACGCCUGCCUGCAUGCCGUUCUGCCACUACGGCUGGACCUUCAGGGUGCGGUAGUGCCCACUUUCAUCUCGAGUGUCCACAUCUCGGCCGGCAUUUCCCAGACUCCUGGUGAGCAGUUCGAUGUCGCUGUUCACGUUGAUAAGGCGAACCGACGUCAGACGGUAGUCUCGCUGAGUGGCCAGCUCGUCGGCGACAAGACAACUCAGCCAGCACCAACGGUGCGAAUUGACGGGUUGACACUCACCUCGCUCGCUGGAGGAGGCGAGCGUAGCGCCAAAGACAGCUUUCCCAUCAAAAAAUGCCUGCGGCCCCUUCUCAAGCCAGAUCCCGAUUUCCUGACGUCGGAGCUGCUCUCGAAACUCUGCGCCCACCUGCAGCCCUUGAGCCCAGAGGCAGAGCGGGCUGACCUGCUCCUCCUCGAAGAGAUGGGAUAUAUCAUGGCCGAGAGAGCACUUGCGCAGGUGCCCGACAUCAGCCAUCUCCCCCAGGGCAACGAGGACCGCGCCAAGCUCUACCGCUCCUUGACGCGCCUCCGAGACGACGUUCACACAGGCCGCAGCCCACACGACGUCAAGGCGUGGAUCGGGAAGACAGCUGAGCAGCGCGCCGCUGUGUGGGAGCAAGGACGGAAUUCCACUGGCGAUGAGGGCAUCUUUGUGGCUCUUGUGGGCGACCACCUCCCCGCGUUCCUGCGCGACGAGGUAGACGUGCUCUCCGUAGUGACACGGGGCGAUGCUCUUGGCCGUUACUAUGCCAACAACGUACGCAUGCGGCGGUCCUGCGAACAGGCCGCAAUAGUCGUGGAUCUACUUGCGCACCAGAACCCCAGCCUCCGUGUGCUUGAGAUCGGAGCCGGCACGGGAGGCGCCACGAUGCCGAUCCUGGAGAAGCUGGCCGGAUCGUCAGGGUCCGACAUGCCACGCUUUGUCUCUUACGAUUUCACCGAUGUCUCACCAGGCUUCUUCGGCCCAUUCCAGGCGAAGAUGGCCGAAAAGGGCUGGGAGGACCUGCCCAUCACCUACCGCAAGCUCGACAUCGAAACGGAUCCUGUUGAUCAAGGGUUUGUCGCCGGGACCUACGACCUCAUCGUUGCAUCGAACGUCCUACACGCGACGAAGGACCUCGAGCGGACUAUGCGUAAUACGCGCCACCUUCUCAGGCCCGGAGGCACACUCGUCCUCGUUGAGCUGAUGCGCAAGCCGUAUGGGGGCGUCGGCGAUUUGUUUGGCAUCUUUCCGGGGUGGUGGAUUGCCGAGGAGGCGCAUCGGCAGGACUCUCCCCUGUUGGACGAGAAUGGUUGGAAUGAAAUCUUUCAGAGGACCGGCUUUUCUGGACUGAAGGCAGCGGUCUGGGACACCGAAGACAGCUUGACACACAAGGGGACAACGCUGGUGACGACGGCCGUUGCCGAAGAGAGCCAUCAGCACCCAGCCACUGACCGAUGCUUUCGCGUCGUGAGCGGCUCAGGCUGCCCGUCAGCCGUCGUUGGGGCCCUCUGCGAGUCUCUCGGAAGCAUGGGGCCCGCACAAGCUUUCACACUGGAGCAAUACGUACAGGAUUCCAAGCUGCUGCAGCAAGACGAGCACACACACACGAUAUUCCUCGAGCUCGGUAGCUCGUCCAUGCUUCGGAACCCAAACGAAGCCAGCUGGGAAGCCAUCAAGUCCCUGGCGACGGGCAGUGAGGGUAUCCUGUGGGUAACACGGGGAGCUUGUUUUCCCGAGUCCAGCUCGCCCGACCUCGCCUUGGCCAGUGGUCUAUUGCGGACGUUGCGGACGGAAAUCGGCGGUCCUCUGGUGCACCUCGACCUCGAGCCAGGAACAGACAUACUGGCAGGAGAGCAGCUCUCGCAAACCUUGACCCGUGUCUAUCGCCACGCGCUUGAAACUUAUGAGAAUCACGGUCUCCGCGAUGGAGACUCUGGCGGCGACCCAGAGCUCGAGUUUAUAGAGCGUAACAGCACUAUCCAGUUGCUACGAUUCACGGAAGACACGGCUGUGGAGCACUUCGUCACCUCCCGGGUGGGCGUACUCCGUCCCUCAGUACAGAGUAUGAACACUGGCACGCAGGCCGAAAGGCGGCUCAAGGUGGAAGUUGCGCAGCUUGGGAUGCUGGAUACCCUGUAUUUCGGCGAUGAUGCUCGCGUGGCCGGUCCGCUGGGUGCAAACGAGGUUGAAAUCGAAAUCCGAGCAGCCGGACUCAACUUCCGAGAUGUUAUGAUGGCCAUGGGCCAAAUCGAAGCGGCCGAUCUAGGUGCCGAGUGCGCCGGUAUUGUUACGGCUGUUGGAUCUGAUGUCGACCAGAGGAAGAUGCGAGUUGGUGACCAUGUUGUUGCGCCUGCAGAUGGCGCGUUGUCUCAAUGUGUGCGUGUGCCAGCCAGCCGUGCACAGCACCUCCCCGAUACCAUGACCUUUGCUGAAGCAGCGACUCUGCCCAUUGUCUUCUGCACAGCGCUGCACUCGAUGCGUGUUGCCGCUGUAGAUGCUGCCGACAUCGUCCUUGUCCACGCCGCAGCCGGGGGUCUAGGUCAGGCGCUGAUCCAGCUGUGUCGCAGGGCCGGCGCUCGUAUUCUCGCCACUGUUGGCAACAGUGAGAAAAAGCGCCUCCUUGUGGACCGAUAUGGCAUUGCGGAGCAGGAUAUCUUCUGGAGUCGUGACGCCGGAUUUGAGAGCGGCGUCAUGGCAGCAACAGCGGGCAAGGGCGUCAAUGUCGUCUUUAAUUCACUGUCAGGCGAGCUUCUCCGCGCGUCCAUGCGUUGCCUCGCUCCCUGGGGGCGUUUCGUCGAGCUCGGGAAGCGGGACUUUGCCAUCAACACCUCCCUCGAGAUGGCGUCGCUCGCUAAGAGUAUCAGCUUCCUGACAGUCGACCUCAUGUCACUCCUCCUUCAACGACUCGAGAAGGGUUCAGAGCUUUGGGAGAGCGUCAUGAAUAUGGCUCGUCGCCAGGAAAUUCAGCCGAUAGAACCCAUUGCCACGUUCGGAUUGGGCGAUAUUGAAAGCGCGAUGCGCACAAUGCAGGCAGGAAGACACAUCGGCAAGAUUGUACUGGAACCUAGGAAAGGGGAAUCAGGAAUGGUUAUGCCGCAGGGUGCCCCUCGUCCCUCGCUGCAUAGCGACGCUGCCUACGUGCUGGUUGGUGGUUUGGGUGGCAUCGGGCGAUCUUUCGCUUCCGUCAUGGUGCGGCAUCUCGGUGCACGUCAUCUAGUCUUCAUCUCCCGCAGCGGCGCUUCAACCCCUGAGGCACAGCACACUGUCAGAGACCUCCAACGCCUCGGGGCACAGAUUACCGUCAUAGCAUGUGACGCUUCCGAUAAGGCAGCGCUCAAGGCAGAGCUCGACUCGCGCGUGUUGCCGCCCAUCAAGGGCGUCCUUCACCUAGGUCUCGUGAUCAAGAAUGAUCUCUUCCGGAACAUGGAGCUGUCCACAUGGCUUGAUUCACUCAAGCCCAAGGUGGAAGCUACCUGGAACCUCCACGAGCUACUGCCGGCCGACAUGGAUUUCUUCGUUAUGCUCUCCUCCAUGGCUGCGAUAUUGGGCGUGACCAGUCAGGCAGCUUACAACGCUGCAGGCACGUUCCAAGACGCCUUUGCCAGUUUCAGGAACAACCAGUUGGGCUGGGCGGCCACAACGACUAUGGAUCUCGGAAUGGUCGUCGGCGUCGGCUACGUUGCUGACCGCAUCGGCACGCAUAAUCGGCUCCUCGCCCAAGGUUUCGAGCCUAUUCCCGAGGCCGAGUGUCUAGCUCUUCUUGAAGCCUGUCUCCCCGCUCGGUCCCAUUCCCAAGCGCCACUCAAGGCGAACGGGGUCGACCCAGGCAACAUCAUAACAGGUCUCUGGCCCGCACGGCUCCUGGAGAACAGGGGGACGGCCCGCGCACUGUACUCAGCUCCCCAGUUCGCCUACGCGCGGCAGAUGGCAACGUUGGCAGCGGCGGCCAAUAGUGGAGCGGGUGAUGGAGCUGGCGCCGAUGGGACGGGGCAGCAGCGCAUCAGAGAGUUGCUGCCGCUAGCAGAAUCGAUGGCGGACGCAGAGUCCUUGGUGCUGAGUGCCGUAGUGGGUAAAUUGGCGAGCCUCCUGAUGCUCCCCGAGGAAGAAAUUGGGGUGGACGACGGCCAGAGCAUGAGCAGCUACGGGCUGGACUCUCUAGUAGCUGUGGAAAUGCGAAACUGGGUGGCGAGUGAUAUUCAGGUUACCGUCCCUAUUCUGGAGUUUUUGGGUACACAGAGUAUCAAGGACUUCUGUUACGCGUUGGCAAGGAAGUCCAAGCUCCUCAGGAAAGAUCUGUCCUCGGAGUAG